AUGGAGUUCGUAAUUCCAUCAAAACCGGAUGACCUGCUUGAUCCGAAUGCGGCAUGCCAUGUGCAAGAUUACGAUCUCUCGGAAGCCCUUCCAAGACUCGAUGGCUUGAUUGAUUUGCUGUGCGAAAACUCGACAAACAUUUGCGAAGACGAUUCGUUCGAUUUGCUGUAUUGCAUCAUCAGGUCGCAUGAGGAGCUGACAGAAAAUGUGAGGAGCAGAGUGUUCGAUGUCCUGGUUACUGGCCUCUCGUGCCUCGGCGUCUACAUCGACAGCAUCUCCUCCUCCUCCUCCUCCUCAGAGCUCGCAACGGCCAGGAGUGCCUUGCGAAUGCACGUCUUCCUCCUCAGGUGGCUCAGCUCCCUGGCCGAGAAGAGCUCUAGCGAGGCCUCGGGCAUCGAGAAGGCUGCCCGACCAGCCAAGGGGAAGGCCAAACCUCGAGGAAGAGCAGCAGAACUCUGGUCGUGGGACUCCCAGCGGCUGAAGCUGCUUCAGACCUUCCGCAACAUCCUGCAAGCAAACCUGCAACGGUUGUGGUCGCCCUCGAAGCCGGAGGAGAACUUUGUGAACCUCUUCCUCUCUGUCGCCUUCAACGCUCUCGCCAUCCCUGCCUGCGGCAAGGACAAGGACACACGAGCAUGCAUCAACAACAUCAUCCUCUCCUGCGCCGGACACCUGGGGCAGCACGUGAACGCUGCAAGCCACCUGAUGAACGCGCUGAACCAUCACGAGCACGCGACAGUUGCUGCGGCAGAGCUCCUGGUUGUGGCGUCACAGCACUCCUUCUCCUCAUUCAUCGCCGAGGUCAUGAAUGAGAUCGGUCGUAUGCCCAUGGCGGAUCUCGCUAGGGACGCGGCAGUCGCUCGCAACUUCUCCUCCUUCCUCUGCGAGCUGGCGGAGAUGGCGCCUUCGGUUGCUCUGAGCCAUAUGAGCGUGUUGAACCCGCACCUUCAGUACGGCGAGUCGUACGUCAUGAGGAACGCCGUCCUCCACGUCAUCGGCUGCACCAUCAUCGAGCUCGCGGAGAUGGUGAGGAAGGAGAGGUCGGAGACUCUCAUCAAGACGCGCGAGAGCCUCCUGCAGAUCAUGCGCGAGAGGACGCAUGACGUGAACGCCUUCACGCGCAGCAAAGUCCUGCAGGUCUGGUCCAUGCUCUGCGACAAAGACGCCAUCCCCAAGAAGACUCAGCCUGCGGUGGUUCAGCUCGCCACAGCUCGGCUAGAGGACAAGUCAGCUCAGGUGCGCAAGAGCGCGAUCCAGCUUCUGCGGGGCCUCGUGCAGAAGAAUCCGUACGCACACUCGCUUCCUCUCUCCGUGUUCCGCGGGAAGCUCGCUGAAGCUGAAGCCAACCUGACCAAGGCAGAGGAGGAGAUCGCUGUGACCUUCCCUACCAAGGAGGAGGGAGAUGGUGAGGAGGGAGAAGUGAAGAAGGAAGAGGCAGAGGAGGAAGAAAUGAAGGAGGAGGAGCCGGCUGAAGGAGUGAAGACUGAAGAGGGAAAAGAUGAAAAGCUGGAGGAGCUCAGAUCGAGGGCAGCUGUCACGUUUGUCACCACCAUCCAUCGCGCUGUCGUCAUCAUCGAGUCGCUCCUUCGCUCCUCCACCGUCAGCGACGUCACCGAGGCCAUCCACUUCCUCGUCGCCGUCUAUCCCUUCCAGAUGGAGGUGGCGCAGCAGAGUGUCCGCCGCAUGCUCCUCCUCGUCUGCAGCAAGGAGCCGUCGGUCUGCGAGAGCGUGGUGGAGGCCUACGGCAGCAUCUUCCUUUCCCCGCUCCAGGAGGACCAGAGCAGAGAUGCGCUCCUCUUCACUGCUCAGCGACUGACGGAGCUGAUCCGAGAGGCGACGGUGGGAGAGGUGGCAUCCCUGGAGCAGGUGCUGGAGAAGCUCUGCGACAGCGGGGCGAUGCCUCUUCCUCUCCUCACAGCUCUGUGGGAGAAGAUGGAGGAAGGGAACGAGGAGGCAGCGAUCUUCCUGUCUCUCUGCGCGAGCAAGGCUCCUCUCUCCCUCUCCUCCAAGUUCCUCGAGCUCGUCCGUGGCAAGAAGCUCGCGGAACUCCAGCGCUCUCCCGUCAUCAGCCGCAGCCUCUGCCUGGUAGCAGAGAGGCUGGCAGGUCGAGGCGCGAAGAUGGAGGAGCAGGAUCGCUCGCUCGUCUCGCGGUUUCUCUCCUCUGUCGUCCUCUACGAGGAUGCGGCACGUCACGACUUGUGGCUCCCUGCCGCAGAGCAGGCGAUCAACGCCCUUGUGCUCCUGCACCCCCGCCCUCACGACGCCUUCGCUGCUCUGCUCCGGGAGGCAGCCGGUCAGGUGCUGGCUAGGAGGAUGGAGGGCGUGGAGGGGUCCAAGACAUGCGAGGCCUGGCGACUCGCUCGCUUCCUGCACGUGCUGGGACACGUGGCGAUCAAGCAGCUCGCGCUCGCCGAGUCAGUUGGAGCAGCUCAGCAGAGGCAGAAGCAGAAGGAGGAGGAGAACAAGCAGAAGAAAAAGUCCAAGGACGAGGAGGAAGGCAUCGAGGCCACCGUAGGAGGUGAAGACGCAGCCAUCCAGGACACCCGGGCGGAGAGGGCGAGGGAAGUGGGAGAGCGGGACCUGCUGCAGGAGCAGCACCUGGUGGGGAUGUACGGGAGGCUGGUGAGGGUCGUGUGCCUGGAUGAGGACGGGGCCUUCACUCAGAGCUGCGUGAGGACGGCAGCGGUGCUGGCGCUCUCCAAGCUCAUGUGCGUCAGCAGCAAGUACUGCGAGGAGAACCUCCAGCUCCUCUUCUCCAUCAUGAUCGCCUCCCCAGACCCCCAGGUUCGCUCCAACAUCGUCGUCGCCCUCGGCGACUUGACGUUCCGCUGGACCAACUUGACGGAGCCCUGGAUGACUCACAUCUACGCCCUCCUCCGUGACCCGGAGGUGAAGGUGCGACACAACACGCUGACUGUCCUCACCCACCUCGUCCUCAACGACAUGGUCAAAGUGCGGGGGCAGAUCAGCGAGAUGGCGCUGUGCCUGGAGGACGGGGACGAGCGGAUCGCAGAGAUGGCAAAGCUCUUCUUCUUCGAGUUCAGGCACAAGAACCAGGGCAUGCUGCUCUACAACCUCCUGCCCGACAUGAUCGGGAGGCUGUCGGCUGCCCAGCUGGAGGAAGCGAAGUUCCGCCGCAUCAUCCGCUUUGUCUUCUCCUUCAUCGACAAGGCAAAGCAGACGGACGGACUCGUGGACAAGUUCUGUCAGCGCUUCCGUGCCACGGACGAUCAGCGGCAGUGGCGAGACAUCGCCUUCUGCUUGUCGAACCUUAACUUCUCCGAGAAAGGAGUCAAACGGCUCUGCGAGGAGUCAAACUUCAAGGCGUUUGCUGACAAGCUCUUCGAUGAGGACAUCAGCGCGUCCUUCGCUCUCAUCGUCUCCAAGGCUCGCAAGCUGCCGAAGGCCGGGGAAGGGAAGUGA